GUAUUUUUGAUGCACGGUGUCAAAUGGGAGUAGCAGUCCUCGAAACGAAUAGCGAAAUUGGUUGGAGAAAAAAAAGAGAGAUGAAUAGUGGCAUAGGAAUAACAAGAGUCCUAUAUACCUGUUCUUCCAACCUCAAGACACCAAAACCCGCUUUCUCUCUCCUCCGAACCCUUGCAACAGCAGCUCCAGUAGGUUCAAUGUCGUACCACAGGGAACUCGAUGCUGCCAAGAAAGCUGCUUCUCUCGCUGCUCGACUCUGCCAGAAGGUGCAAAAAGCAAUCUUGCAGUCAGAUGUACAAUCAAAAUCAGAUAAAAGUCCUGUCACUGUAGCAGAUUAUGGCUCUCAAGCUGUGGUUAGCUUCGUGCUGGAGAGGGAACUUCCUUCUGAGUCGUUCUCACUAGUGGCCGAGGAGGACUCGGGAGAUCUUCGAAAGGAAGAAGCCAAGGAAACGUUGCAACGCAUUACAAAACUGGUGAAUGACACUCUUGCCAGUGUUGGCACGUAUAGUGCCUCAUCUUUAUCUGCAGAAGAUGUUCUUGCUGCCAUUGAUAGUGGCAAAUCUGAAGGGGGGCCUCAUGGUCGGCAUUGGGUUUUGGAUCCUAUAGAUGGUACUAAAGGGUUUCUGAGAGGAGACCAAUAUGCAGUAGCAUUAGCAUUGCUAGAUGAGGGGAAAGUUGUGUUGGGUGUCCUGGCUUGUCCAAAUCUUCCUUUACUGCCCAUUGGUAGCCAUGAUGAUCCUUCUUCUCAUGACAAAGUUGGUUGUCUUUUCUUUUCUCAAGUUGGGGUUGGAACUGAAGUGCAGUCUCUUGAUGGCUCCGCACCCAUAAAGGUACAUGUAAGUUCUACUGAGAACCCUGAAGAAGCGUCAUUCUUUGAAUCAUUUGAAGCCGCACAUUCUCUGCAUGACUUAUCUAGCUCUAUAGCAAAUAAACUGGGUGUCAAAGCGCCACCUGUGAGAAUAGAUAGCCAGGCAAAGUAUGGCGCUCUGUCCAGAGGAGAUGGAGCAAUAUACCUACGUUUCCCUCAUAAAGGAUACCGUGAAAAAAUAUGGGACCAUGCAGCUGGAGCUAUUGUUGUGACAGAAGCUGGGGGUGUUGUCACUGAUGCUGGAGGAAAUCCUUUGGAUUUCUCCAAGGGGAGGUAUCUUGAUCUGGACACGGGCAUAAUUGUUACCAAUCCAAAGCUGAUGCCUAUGCUUUUGAAGGCAGUUAGAGAAUCUCUUGAUGAGAAAGCUUCAUCCUUGUGACUUUAACCAUGGCCUCUCUAUUCAAAUCUUGUGUGUUCUGUUUUCCAUUUUUGUUUCUGUUUUUGCAUGGGUGGACUUUCGAUGAUGCAGCUGUAAGAAUUCAAAAUUCUAAGUGAAAUUGAAUAAUAAGAACUUCCAGCCAUGGAGGCUUGCAAUUAA